AUGUCGCUGGUGGUGGAAUCACUCGUCACGCGCGCCGAGGCGUCGCGUCUCGUCUCCACGCCUCGGCGGACGCUGCGGCGGUUCGCGAGGGCGUUCUUAGAGCCGUACGGACCGUCGGCGAGAGACGUGACGUCGGCGAACGCGGGUGAGCAGUUUAUCGAUUACGUCCUGGCGCGGAGCGAAGACGAACUCGACGCGCUCGACGACGACGCGUCGAGGGAUGAUUCGAUGACGAGCGAAGACGAUACGAUCGAUGACGGGAGCGAGGGGGAGAAGGAAAAUGGACGAGACGUCCUGAACGUCGCGAGCGGGUCGGGGGGAGGGAGACGAAUGGAUGAUUCUUUGUUGGAGGUGGAGCUGUCGGACGCGUCGGAUGAAUAUUCAAACGGCGCGCGGGCGAACGCGGGCGCGCGGGCGAGCGCGAGGGAGAUGGACGCGGACGUGGUGAUUCUGAGUGACUCCGAGGAGGAGUCCGAGCGCGAGCGUGCGUUGAAGAGGCUCGAGGGGGGGAGGAACGUCAUGGGCGGGAGCGUCGCGUGGACGCGCGAGCGCGGAUACGCCGAGGCCACCGCGCCCGCGUUCAUGGGUCGUGGGACUUCGACCGGGGUGGAAUUUAGACGCGGUGACGCGAUUUUAGCCAUGGCAGGGGUGAAGCAUCGGAGCGCCCCGGCGGCGACGACGACGACGGCGACGGCGGCGACGGCGGCGACGGCGCCCAUAGCGAGGACGGCGGCGACGGCGAGCGCGCAUCGCGCGUCCGCGAGCGCGCCUACGAAUUGGGAGGACAUGGACGAUUUCGAUCUAGCGAACGUCAUGAUUUUCAAGAACGGUUCGUUUCGACACUGCCAGCGCGAAGUGUGCGAGCAAAGCGUACUCGGAAAAGACUGUUUCGUCCUCAUGCCCACUGGCGGCGGGAAAUCGCUCUGCUACAUGCUUCCGGCUGCUUUACAAGGCGGAGUCACCGUCGUGUGUUCGCCCUUGCUUUCGCUCAUUCAGGAUCAGGUUUCGCACUUAGUGAAGGAUUUCCAAAUACCGGCGACAUUUCUCAGCUCGGCGCAGUCGCAAGGCGAUGCAGUGGCGGUGCUCAGAGAACUGCGGAAGCGCAAGCCGACGAUUCGAUUGUUGUACGUCACACCAGAAAAGUUGGCAUCGAGCGCGACACUGGCUGAUAUACUCCAUCAAUUGGACUCGAACGGGAUGUUGACGCGUUUUGUGAUCGACGAAGCGCACUGCGUGUCGUCUUGGGGACACGACUUUCGACCGGAUUACAAGGCUUUAGGUUGCCUGCGAAAGGAUUACCCGAACGUUCCUAUCACGGCGCUCACGGCAACGGCUACGUUACAAGUCCGCACGGACGUAAUGAAGAUUUUGAAGAUCACGAAGACGGCGAAGACGUUCCUCGUAACGUUCAACCGCCCGAAUAUCUCUUUUACGGUUAUGCCGAAGAGGGAUUUGCACGACUUGGAAAAGUUUGCAGACUGGAUCGCCGACGAAUUCGGACCGUCGGAUGCGGGCAUUGUAUACUGUCUCAGUCGCGACGAGACGGAGACCGUGGCCAAGGCGCUGAAUGAAUCGCGUGCGCGUCGACAGCGCGAGCGUCUAGCGCCGGGUCCCAGCGCGGCGGCUUAUCACGCCGGUAUGACGGACUCGCAGCGGCUCGCCGUGCAGAACUCGUGGCAAUCUGGCCAAGUCUCCGUGUGCUGCGCCACCAUCGCGUUCGGUAUGGGCAUCGACAAGCCAAACGUGCGCUGGGUCGUCCAUCACUGCGCGCCGAAGAGUUUAGAAGGUCUGUACCAAGAGGUCGGUCGCGCCGGUCGCGACGGGUUACCCGCCAGGGGCGUCGUGCUCUACGCGCGCGGCGACAUAUCUCGCAUCGAGCGCCUCAUCAAGAUGCCGCAAAAGGGCGUCUCCAAGAAGAGCCGGCUCGAGAAAUCGAUGCCCCUUCUCGAAGCCGUGCGCGCGUUCCUCGAGGACCGCACGCGAUGUCGUCGAGUCGCUCUGCUCGAGUAUCUCGGCGAGCGCAUCUCCCCGGACUUAUGCGCCGGGUCGUGCGAUAACUGCGCGCGACGAUCCGGCCGCCUCCCGCGCGACGACGACGAGUGGGCGCUCGCCGUCGCCGCCAAGAACCCCCCCCGCGCGCGCGCCGCCGGAUCCAAACCCAAAAAAUCAUACGCUCGAAAGCGUAAGAGAUCGUCCGGGAAGAAAAAAUGA